GAUGAGGGAUUGAACAACUUUGGACCCAAGGGUUUUGCAGGGUUUAACAGAACCAAAAUACUACUAGCUAGGUUCCAAUCUUGAAAGAUCACCAUGAGAAAAGUUUCAUCUUUUGCUGUUCCACAUCUCCAGGAGUACACCAAAACUUCAUUCUCUCUCAUUUCUAAAGACUUCAUCUCCCACUUUUCUUCUCUCCCCAGUACCAGCACCAACCCCAUCAAUGGAAAUCAACCAAUUUCCCCUCAAUCAUCAAAUACCCAUCUCAAAUCUUGCAGCAAGACUCAAUCUUUACACUUCUCCAAUGUCAAAACCCAACAAUUCCAAACUUUCAACACACUUGUGGAGCAAAACCCAUCUCAGUUAUCCUCAAGACAGAGAAAGAUUUAUGAAAGAUCACAACUUGAAGAGGCUUUUGAGUCAGCAAAGACUAUUCAAGAAAUGAUUCAGGUUUUUCAAGAAAUGGAGGUAAGUUUUGAUGAGAGGGAACUUGGUUUGCCAUGUUUAAGAAUAGGUCUCAAACUUGACCAAGAAGGUGAGGAUCCUGAAAAGGCUCUGUCUUUUGCUAAAAGGGCUUUGAAUAUAUUGGAUAGAGAUGAUAAAUUGUCUUUGCCUCUUGCUAUGACUUUGCAAUUGUUGGGUUCUACUUGUUAUAGUUUGAAAAGAUUUAAUGAUAGUUUGGGGUAUCUUAAUAGGGCUAAUAGGGUUCUGGAUAAAUUAGUUAAGGAUGGUUCUUGUAGUGAUGAGGAUGUUAGGCCUAUUCUUCAUGCUGUUCAGCUUGAAUUGUGUAAUACGAAAACGGCUAUGGGGAGGAGAGAAGAGGCCCUGGCUAAUCUUAGGAAGUCUUUGGAGUUGAAAGAGAUGACUCUGGAAAGAGAUAGUAAAGAACUUGGAAAAGCUAAUAGGGAUGUCGCGGAGGCUUAUGUUGCCAUAUUGCAUUUUAAAGAGGCUCUACCAUUUUGUUUGAAGGCCUUGGACAUACACAAGGCACAACUAGGGCAAAACUCUGUAGAGGUUGCACAUGAUAGGAGGCUUCUAGGGGUUAUUUAUACUGGAUUAGAAGAACAUGAGAAGGCAUUGGAACAAAAUCAAUUAUCACAGAAAGUCUUGAAGAACUGGGGUCUUGACACUGAUUUGCUUCGUGCUGAGAUCGAUGCAGCCAACAUGCAAAUAGCCUUGGGGAGAUAUGAUGAGGCCAUAAAUACUUUGAAGGUUGUUGUUCAGCAGACUGGAAGAGAGAGUGAGGAUAGAGCUAUGGUCUUUAUCUCCAUGGCAAAAGCAUUAUGCAAUCAGGAGAAGUUCACGGAUGCCGAGAAGUGCCUUGAAAUUGCAUCUGGAAUCCUAGGAAAGAAAGAAAAAACCUCCCCUGUUGAAGUUGCUGAGGCAUACAUGGAAAUUUCUAUGCUGUAUGAGACAAUGGAUAAGUUUGAAGCUGCUAUAUCACUAUUAAAGAGAACACUGGCAAUGCUUGAAAAGCUACCUCAGGAACAACAUUCAGUUGGAAGUGUUUCAGCACGAGUUGGCUGGCUACUUCUCUUAACUGGUGGAGUGCAGCAUGCUAUUCCUUUCUUGGAGGAUGCAGCGGAGAGGCUGAAAGAAAGUUUUGGAUCAAAACACUAUGCAGUUGGUUAUGUAUACAAUAAUUUGGGUGCAGCAUAUUUGGAAUUAGAUAGACCACAAUCUGCUGCCCAGGUUUUUGCAUAUGCCAAGGAUAUCAUGGAUGUUUCUCUUGGUCCUCAUCAUACAGAUACAAUUGAAGCAUGCCAAAACCUUUCAAAAGCAUAUGCUGCCAUCGGGAGCUAUCAGCUUGCUAUAAACUUCCAGGAGAAAGCAAUUGAGGCUUGGGAAGGCCAUGGUCCAAGUGCAGUAGAUGAACUUAAAGAAGCUCAUCGACUUCUUGAACAACUAAAGAAGAAAGCUUCUGGUGUAUCCGAUGGGAAUAUGAUGAAGGCCUUGCCUUUGGCUAAUUCUAGUGAACAAGUUGUAGUUUCAGCCAUUGAAAGGCAAAGAAAUGCAACUAAAAUGCUGAAUCAAUGAUGUUCUCCGUAAGUUUAUUAAUCUGCUCUUUCCCUUUUAGGAAUAAAACUAUACUUUUGUUAGUUUGAUGUAUCAUUUUCACUGGAACCUCUUCUUAUAAAGCUUCACCAAGGAUAUGAAAGCUACGAGAUCAAUCAGUCUGCGACUUUCAUCU